CAGUGAGAGAGAAGGGGGCAAAACGAGAGAGAGGGAGAUGUAUAUGUUUUUGUGAAGGCUGGAUUCUAACAGAGAGGUACUAUCGGGAUUGUUAGAAGGUCUCCACAGUUCAACAUGACUAAAAGGAAUUCAAAACUCAGAUGGUUACUUCUCAUCCACCUCUUACUGUCUGAUGUAGUAGGUGGCAGAGCUCCACUCCCUCAAAGCAACCCGAGGCCUUCAGUCACUUCAAUGCCACAAACAGAGCAAGUAGAAUCACAAGUUGUUGAAGAUGAUCUUGCUGCCGCCCAUCAGUUGGUCUCAAACCUCUCAGCCUCUCUACAAGGUCAGCUGGAUCUCCAAAGCAAUGUAAGCUGUGCAGAGCUCUCUAAUGGAGGCUGGAGUGGAAAGGUUUUCUCUCAGGAGCUAUUAGGGUUGGCAAUGGUGCCAGUGCUGGUGUCAGCAGGAUGUUUGUUUGAAGCCCAAGCACUGGUAAUGCAACUCUAUGCGGUGUUGGGGCAAAAUGAUACACAUGAAUUUUUACAGGACAUUCUGGAGCUGAUCAAGAGAGGUAAAGAGAGAGAUUCAGCACACAUGGUCCAUCACAGUGUAUUCCAAACCCCUUCACCUCCUUCUAUGCUGAACUCUGAGUCUCAACGCCACCUACAGGCUGUAAUAUUUAACAUUCAUCAGCUAGCUGAGGUGGGUGAGAAAGAUGAUAAGGGUAAAGUUGGGCCUAGUGGGAAUUGCAAUGGAUGGGUGAGAGUGAAAGGCACUCGGUUUCUCGGGCAGGCCGCAGAACAGAGCAAGCCAUUGUGUCUUGAAGAAGCACAGCAGGUUUGUGGAAGCUUGGGAUUCCAAUGUGCAGGUGUGACCCAGGAUGGCGAUUCUGGAUAUUUCCGUGUUAUCUUGAGGCCUGGAAGCCGUGUAGUGCCUUCAUCUAACUUUGAGAGCUGGAUUCAGAAUUGCAAGGUGGGGUCUGUCCGUUGGCGCAGAAACAGGAUCCCUCAACAUCACUGUGUAAAUGAAAAAGAGGAGCGAGUGUAUACAGUAGUGGAGUGGAUUCCAGCAGUCUCCACGCUGUAUAAUCUGGGAACAGCUGUUUACUAUGCUUCGGUUAGCUGCUAUGACACUGCAAAAGAGAGAGCCAUCUUCAGCACUGUGGAUCUGGGCACAGACGCCCUCAUGGCUGUAACAGGGGGAACCGCGGGGGUUGCCGGUUAUGCGUUGGGGGCUGGUUUAAAAACGGGUGUGAAGGCAGGGAUUAAAUAUCUGCUGAACAGCAUGAAAGAGGAAGAUGACCUGGUAAUGAACCAGAACAGCUGGGAGGAUGGAACUCUCGCUGUCCAGUAAAAGACCAAGGAGAAACCGAUGACGAGAUUCAAGAACAACAGCUGCAUUGCUCCAUGGCCUCAAGGAUUUUUCCACC